CCAUUUUCAUAGUCCUAAAACAAUAUUAAACAAACACAACAUUCCCUCCGUGUGUGUGUGUGUGUGUGUGUGUGUGUGUGUGUGUGUGUGUGUGUGUGUGUGUACUCCCUGGAUGAGGAGAUGUAAUCUCAUGUUUUGUCCACAGAAACCAACAGGAGAGAUCAGAGUCAGAGAUUCUCAGUGGUCAGUCUUCCCAGAGUCAUCAAACAGACCUGGACUCCAUAUUCAGUUUGCUUGAAGAGAAAAUUAUGACAUUUGUGAAGAACGAGCUGAAGAUGUUCAAGAGGAUUCUUAGUCCAGAACUCCCAGAAGGCUUUGAGAGUCAGAAGCAGGAUAAGGAAGUGGUGGAUGCUGAAGAUGAGCAGCAGGAGAGCAGUGCCAGAGAGGGGGCUCUGAAGAUCACACUGCACAUCCUGAGGAAAAUGAACCAGAAGGAGCUUGCUGACACACUGGAGAAAUAUGAGCUUGCUGUGAUUUGCCAACGUGAACUCAAAUCUAAUCUAAAGAAGAAGUUUCAAUGUGUAUUUGAGGGGAUCGCUAAACAAGGAAACCCAACACUUCUCAAUAAGAUCUACACAGAGCUCUACAUCACAGAGGGUGGAACAGGAGAGGUCAAUAAUGAACAUGAGCUGAGACAGAUUGAGACAACAACCAGGAAACAAGCAAGACCAGAGACUGCAAUCAAAUGUAACGACAUCUUCAAACCCUUAACUGGACAAGACAAACUUAUCAGAACUGUGCUGACAAAGGGAGUUGCUGGCAUUGGAAAAACAGUCUCUGUGCAGAAGUUCAUUCUGGACUGGGCUGAAGGAAAAGCAAAUCAGGAUGUCCAACUUGUAUUUGCAUUUCCUUUCCGGGAGCUGAAUUUGAUGAAAGGUGGAAAUCUCACUUUGAUUGAACUUCUCAAUCACUUCUCAAUGGAAACCAAACAAUCAAGAAUCUCCAACUACGACAAGUACAAAGUUCUGUUCAUCUUUGAUGGUCUGGAUGAGUGCCGACUGCCCCUAGACUUCCAGAAGAACAAGAUCUGUUGGGACGUCACAGAGUCAACCUCAGUGGAUGUUCUGCUGACAAAAUCUCAUCAAGGGAAAUCUGCUUCCCUCUGCUCUCCUCUGGAUAACCACCCGACCUGCAGCAGCCAAUAAGAUCCCUUCAGGGUGUGUUGACCAGGUGACAGAGGUACGAGGGUUCAAUGACCCACAGAAGGAGGAGUACUUCAGGAAGAGAUUCAGUGAUGAGGACCUGGCCAGCAGCAUCAUCUCACACAUAAAGACAUCAAGGAGCCUACACAUCAUGUGCCACAUUCCAGUCUUCUGUUGGAUUUCUGCAACAGUCCUUGAACACAUGCUGAAACAUAAGAGAGAAGAGAUGCCCAAGACUCUGACUGAGAUGUACACACACCUUGUGGUGUUUCAUACCAAACAUAAGAAUGAAAAGUAUCUUGGGAAAGAAGAGACAGGUUCACACUGCAAUAAAGAGAGCAUUCUGUCACUGGGAAAACUGGCUUUUCAACAGCUUGUGAAGGGCAAUCUGAUUUUCUAUGAAGAAGACCUGAAAGAGAAUGGCAUUGAUGUCAAUGAAGCCUCAGUGUACUCAGGAUUGUGCACACAGCUCUUUAAAGAGGAACAUGGGCUGUACCAGGACAAGGUGUACUGCUUUGUGCAUCUGAGCAUUCAGGAGUUUCUGGCUGCUGUAUAUGUGUUCCUCUCAUUCAUCAACGACAAUGAGAAUCUAAUGGCCGAACCUCAAUCAAAGUCCAUUAUUCCUGUGAGGAUCAGACACAAGCGUAGAGUUACUGUCUACAAGAGUGCUGUGGAUAAAGCCUUACAAAGUGAGACAGGAAACCUGGACCUGUUCCUCCGCUUCCUUCUGGGCCUCUCACUGGAGUCCAAUCAGAAACACUUACGAGGUAUACUGACAAAGACAAGAAGCAGCUCACAAAGCCAUGAAGAAACAAUCAAGUACAUCAAGAAGAAGAUCAGGAAGAAUCCCUCUCCAGAGAGGAGCAUCAAUCUGUUCCACUGUCUGAAUGAACUGAAUGACCAUUCUCUAGUGGAGGAUAUCCAAAGAUACCUGAGCUCAGGAAGUCUCUCAAAACCCAACCUGUCACCUGCACAGUGGUCAGCUCUGGUCUUUGUGUUGCUGACUUCAGAAAAGGAGCUGGAUGUGUUUGACCUGAAGAAAUACUCCAGAUCAGAGGAAGGUCUUCUGAGGCUGCUGCCAGUGGUCAAAGCCUCCAGAGCUGUUCUGCUGUCAGGCUGUCUAGUCACAGAGGAAGGCUGUGCUUCUCUGGUCUCAGCUCUGGAGUCAAACCCCUCACACCUGAGAGAGCUGGAUCUCAGUAACAAUGACCUGAAGGAUUCAGGAGUGAAGCUGCUCUCUGCUGGACUGGGGAAUCCCCACUGUAAACUGGAGACUCUGAGGCUGUCAGGCUGUCUAGUCACAGAGGAAGCCUGUGCUUCUCUGGUCUCAGCUCUGAGGUCAAACCCCUCACACCUGA